AUGUGGUAUAGCCCCAUGCAGAAGCGCUGUGUGGUGCUUGCAAGCCUUCUGAUCUGCAGCGCAGCAUCGGACUCGCCGCGGUUUCUUCGAGGACUCGUUCAGGUAAAUGCCAGCAGUUCUCCGAAGAGUGCGAGGACCCUCCAACAGAGAGUUCCUUCAAGUGACCGCCCCGUGACGCCAAGCUGCCUGCCGGGCUACAUUGACGUCUCGGGUGGUCAGGCCUAUCGUCGGGCCUGCGCCGCAGACUGCGCGGGGGCUCCCUACUACGGCCUUGAAAGCUGCGCCUGUGCCUGCGUUCUCCCGGAGGAGGUGGACCCCGCGGAGCUUUCCUCCACACCGAAGCCGGCCAUUGUGGGAAGCGUCACAGAGCGUGCUACGGAAGUGAUGAUGAUCGUCGUGGGCUUCUUCUCCAUAUGCUGCGUCGUCGGAGCUUUCGGGACCCUGAUUUCUUGUGCUUUUCAUCACGGCUUCCAGAGUUCGACAGUGGCUGACGGGCCCGUUCUGUCUAUGGAAGCCUGUGUGGACCAUUGUCCACAGCCGGAGGCUCGGCGACCUCCCCCGACACCUUUGGACCUGGAACGCUUCAAGAGCCCGAACCUGGAGAUACUGCGCAGGUUAAGUGACGCGCCUGCCAAGGCACCGAUCUACGGCCUGUCGGUGGAGCCGCCAGGGCUGCCCGAAUCGCCGGAGAGUGGAGAUCGGCGGCUGUCGAUGCGAAGACACAGUCACACUCCGAUCAGCACGCCGAUGAAUAUCACGAUCGUCGCGCCUCCACAGCAACUCACGACGCCGCGAGCUGGCGCAGGGCGAAAGGUGUCCAUCGGGUCUAACGCCUCCGUGACCACGCACAUGAGCGAGAUUGACGCCUUGGCUACCGCACGCCGCUUGAGCCAGGCCUCGCGCAGCUCGCCCAGCUCCUCGGAGCAGACGCUCGUCGAGCCUCUGCCGGGCCCUCUCCCGAGCUGCGGUCGGAGGAGGAGUGCGCCGUCCCUCCUAGAUGCCGGCAGAAGACCUGAAGAGCAGGCAGCGCAGAGGAAGAUUUCACGGGUCAGUGCCAUGUAG